GCAGCUACCAAGCAAGUAGCAUUUCAUUUCUCACUACAUAUCAAGAUGCUUAUGUAAUACGAUUCAUUCAUUUGGUGAUUCGCCAUUCUGGUGUGUAAAUUUGGGUAGCUCGGGUACGGUACUUUUACAUAGUACAUCACAGGUACCUAUGAUUCGGUUUACACUUUUUUUCCCUCAUCCGAAUGUUUAUCUGUAUUCCAUAUAUUCAUACACAAACCAUUCAAGAAGUUCAUUAUCAUAAUAAAUUCAAUAUUGCCCAUCUGCCUACUUGCAGACUGCGUUGUUUGCAUAUACUUUGAACACCAUCUAGAAAGCAAUUUCAAUCCUCUCUUCUAUGGGCGCAGAACAAUCUUCAUCGCGUGGUGGGGAUACACAGAAUAAUGGCGGGGUAGUCAUGAAAACAUGUUACUACGAAUUGCUGGGCGUCGAACGGCAGGCUUCAGAUGACGAGAUCAAGAAGGCUUAUAGGAAAAAAGCGCUGGAACUUCACCCCGAUCGAAAUUAUGGUAAUGUUGAAACUGCCACCGCGAAGUUUGCCGAAGUUCAGUCUGCCUACGAGGUCUUGUCAGAUCCGCAAGAAAGAGCCUGGUAUGACUCUCAUCGAUUAUCAAUCUUAGGAGGCGGCGAUCCUGCGGAAGACGACUUUGCGGAUAAUGUUCGAAUAACGAGCGCAGCACACAUUAUAAGCUUGAUUGGAAAAUUCGACUCCAGUGUCCCUUUCACGGAUGCUCCGAAUGGGUUCUUUGGUAUACUUCGAGAGACAUUCGCAACUCUUGCGAGAGAGGAGAAUGCAGCAUGCGACUGGGACGGCCUUGAAUUGGUCGAUUACCCUGAUUUUGGGAGCGCUGAGGAUAGCUAUGAGGAUGUAGUCAAAUCCUUUUAUAGAACUUGGGUGAACUUCACUACGCAGAAGUCAUUUUCAUGGAAAGACCUCUACCGGACCUCCGAUGCGCCGGAUAGGGCAACCCGCCGAUUGAUAGAGAAAGAAAAUAAAAGGUCUCGGGACGAGGCCAAAGCUGAAUUCAAUGAUGCCGUCAGGCAUCUCGUUCUAUUUGUGCGAAAGAGAGAUCCACGCUUUACUCCGAAUUCACAAACCCAGGAGGAGAGACAGAAAAUAUUGCGGGAUGCUGCAUCAGCCCAGGCAGCUCGUAAGCGAGCGGCAAAUCAAGCCAAGAUGAACAGUUAUGUGGUCCCAGACUGGGCGAAAUCAGAUGAAUCUGAAGGUGUAGUCGAAGAGUCAUCCGAAGAGUCCGAGGUUGAAGUAAUAGAGUGCGUUGUUUGUAACAAGACAUUCAAAAGCGAAAACCAAUUUGAAGCACAUACAAAAAGCAAAAAACAUACCAAAGCUGUACAAGCUAUCCAGAAGCAAAUGCGCAAAGAGAAUAAAUCUCUAAACUUAGAUACACCCCCGGAACCAAAGGGUAGCGACCUUGAUGAUGACUUUGAAAGGCUUGAAGUUACUUCAGAAAAUGGGAAGUAUGGGUCUGCCAUCGAAGAUGAAACUAAAGUUGAAGAAGUGGAACCCGCACUAUAUGAUCACGACUCGUAUUCCGGUAAAUUAGAUGGUCCAGCCAAAGAUGAUUCUGAUAUCGACAGCCUAAAUGAUGACUACGCGCCCAGAGAAGCAGUUGAGGAAAGGUUGGCGGCAGCAGUAUCGGGAGAUGCACUCUCUCUUGAAACCCAAGGUUUAGACUCCGGUCAAAAAUCAACCAAAGAUGUAGAGCAAGAUGCUUUUAGCGAUCCUACUCCAAAGAAACCUCUUGGAAAAGCGAAAAUAAAACGUGCCAAAAAAGCUGCUCAAAAGGAACCUGCAGGGCUGCAGGGCGAAAAUUUUAAAUGUGCCAAUGUGACAUGUCAUGAGUCUUUCUCCUCAAAGAGUAAACUCUUCAACCAUAUCAAAGAAUUUGGCCACGCCUCGCCCGUACAAAAAGCUAGUAAUUCGAAAAAGAGGAAAUAGAGGAUGGGAGCGAAAUGAUGAAGUUUAGAGCACUGAUUGUGGUUUACUAUAGCUUUAUACCCUUAUUUGUAUGUAGAGGCGUUCCAAAGAAUGGCAGGUAUACUCUCCCCCUGGUCACAAAAUUUAAUGAGUUUCCUUGUCACAAUCACAUUGACUAGGCAUUCAAAUGGUUGUGAUCUAACCUUGGAAACAGACAUUGAAGAUUGAUUAAUCAGCUUAUUCAUAAUUUCAAAUCA